UUAGUAAUAGAUAGUAACACAUGAUGGCGCUUUUAAUUCUCUGUCAGUAUUCAAUGUAUACCGAAGUGAUCUCAAUAUUUCAUUUAAGUUACAUGCAUGUUUGCUUGUGACUUAUGAAGAGACAUCAUGUUGUACCUGCCUAAAUAACAUUUUUCGAUAAUGCUGCUGCAAUAUUACAGAUGUAAUAUAAUAAGUUAUAUGUAGUGAUGUGAUAUGUCUAUGCGUUCAUGAUAAAGUACUCGCCCUUUGUAAAUGUAUUUCGAAGCCAGGUGCCUAGAAAGCAGCUGGCAAGAUGGGCAAAUUGUUGUCAAAGAUUUUUGGCAACAAGGAGAUGCGAAUUUUGAUGCUAGGAUUGGAUGCUGCUGGGAAGACUACAAUACUAUAUAAACUUAAACUAGGACAGUCUGUAACAACUAUACCAACUGUAGGAUUCAAUGUAGAAACAGUUACCUAUAAAAAUGUUAAGUUCAAUGUUUGGGAUGUUGGAGGCCAGGACAAAAUACGUCCACUUUGGCGUCAUUAUUAUACUGGAACUCAAGGACUUAUUUUUGUAGUAGAUUGUGCUGACAGAGAUCGAAUAGAUGAAGCACGUCAAGAACUUCAUCGAAUUAUAAAUGAUAGAGAAAUGCGAGAUGCUAUUAUAUUAAUCUUUGCAAAUAAACAAGAUCUUCCAGAUGCAAUGAAACCACAUGAAAUACAAGAAAAAUUGGGUUUAACUAGGAUACGAGAUAGAAAUUGGUAUGUUCAGCCAUCAUGUGCCACAACUGGAGAUGGGCUUUAUGAAGGCCUUACAUGGUUGACCAGUAAUCAUAAAUUAUGAGCAAAUAUUUAUUUUUCAUCAGUUAGCCACAUACCAAGAAUGUACGUUUGCUUUGUAUUUUCAUUUUUAUUCAUCAUAUAGAGGCUUUAUAACACAACUAAUAACAAUCAUUAUGAUCUAUAAGAGAGAAAGAGAG